AUGUCUAAGUCAGAGUCACCCAAAGAGCCCGAACAGCUGCGGAAGCUCUUCUUCAGAGGUUUGAGUUUUGAAACAACCAAUGAGAGUCUGAGGAUCCAUUUUGAGCAGUGGGGAAUGCUCACAGAUUGUGUGGUAAUGAGGGAUCCAAACACCAGGCGCUCCAGAGGCUUCGCGUUUGUCACAUAUGCCACUGUGGAGGAGGUGGAUGCGGCCAUAAAGGGAAGGCCACACGAGGUGGAUGGAAGAGUUGGGGAACCAAAGAGGGCCGUCUCAAGAGAAGAUUCUCAAAGACCUGGUGCCCACUUAACUGUGAAAAAGAGUUUUGUUGGUGGCAUUAAAGAAGACAGUGAAGAACAUCACCUAAGAGAUUAUUUUGAGCAGUAUGGGAAAAUUGAAGUGAUUGAAAUCACGACUGAUGGAGGCAGUGGCAAAAAGAGAGGCUUUGCUUUCGUAACCUUUGAUAACCAUGAAUCUGUAGACAAGAUUGUCAUUCAAAAAUACCACACUGUGAAUGGCCACAACUGUGAAGUAAGGAAAGCCCUAUAUCAGCAAGAGAUGGCUAGUGCUUCAUCCAGCCAAAGAGGUCGAAGUGGUUCUGGAAACUUUGGUGGUGGUCGUGGAGGUGGUUUUGGUGGGAAUGACAGCUUUGGUCAUGGAGGAAACUUCAGUGGUCGAGCUGGCUUUGGUGGCAGCCGCGGUGGUGAUGGCUAUGGUGGCAGUGAGGAUGGCUAUAAUGGAUUUGGUAAUGAUGGUGGUUAUGGAGGAGGCGGCCCUGGUUACUCUGGAGGAAGCAGAGGCUAUGGAAGUGGUCGACAUUAUGGAAACCAGGGCAGUGGCUAUGGCGGGAGUGACAGCUAUAACAACGGAGGAGGCGGAGGCGACUUUGGCGGUGGUAGUGGAAGCAAUUUUGGAGGUGGCGGAGGCUACAAUGAUUUUGGCAGUUACAACAAUCAAUCUUCAAAUUUUGGACCCAUGAAAGGAGGAAACUUUGGAGGCAGAAGUUCUGGCCCCUAUGGUGGUGGAGGCCAAUACUUUGCCAAACCCCGAAACCAAAGUGGCUAUGGUGGUUCCAGCAGCAGCAGGAGCUAUGGCAGUGGCAGAGGUUUUGAUUACUGCCAGGAAACAAAGCUUAGUUAUUUCUGGGUUUUGACUAUUAUUAAAGAGUAUGCUGAAAAUACUUGUUGGUGUCUGCCCGCCACCGCUGCCACCACUGUCACUGCCGCUGCUACCGCUGCUGCUGCUGAGGCUGAGGAGUUUGCUGAAGCCCUGGCCUCAGAAUCGGCCCAGUCUUACCACCCGCACUACAGGGACCAGCACCGGGAGCACUGA